CCGUCCGCCAGUUUAACCCGCCAGCGCACCCCCUCCGAAUUCUCACCGUCGUCAACCUCAGACACUACCAACCGCCAAAAUGGAGAACGAAAAGGGAGAGAUUGUCGAUCUCUACGUCCCCCGCAAGUGCAGCGCCACCAACCGCAUCAUCAAGGCCAACGACCACGCCUCCGUCCAGCUCUCCGUUGGCAAGGUUGACGAGAACGGCCGCUACACCGGUGAGAACAACACCUACGCUCUCUGCGGUUUCAUCCGUGCUCGCGGUGAGAGCGACGACUCCUUCAACCGCCUCGCCCAGCGUGACGGUUACCUCAAGAACGUCUGGUCCGCCAACCGCCAGCGGUAAAUGAUGAAUUUACGGGUGUUUGAGAAUUUCUGGGGUGGACUUUGAUGGUGGGGGAUAACCAUGAUGGAUCAAUGAUGUUUUUAUACCGAAUUUGUGGGGUUAAUAACAUCGGCCGAUAUGAUUAAGAAUUUCCUUAAAAAAAAAACCAUGAAUGAAAGAAUUUCAUACAGUCAAUUAAUCAAAUCCAUCUCUGGUUUCUUU